GCUUGAAAUAUUCGCAUAAAAUAUGGGGAAAAGGAGUGAAAACUUCCUCCUCAUAGGGUGUUGCUUUACACCCAUAGUCGGCAGUUCUAGAACACUGCCCAUACAGCGCACUGGUUCAAGCUUCAACCAAUGCACCUUUCGGUAACGCCUUGUCUGCUGGGCCAAUCACAAACGUUCUUUUAUUCGCACUAGUAGAGGUGUGCAUGAUGUUAUCCGACGACGCAGGUCGCGACUGCAUGGAAUAAGUGUAGUGCUGUUACAAAGCGUUGGUGGCGUAAUUUGGACUCGAAAGUAAAUUCAAAGUGACAUCCCUGUCAUGUCUUGGCCGUGCUGUAGUGUCACUCACCAGUACAAUCAAAAGACGUAACCAGACCUGAGGUUUCACUAGGGUGUUUUCUUUAAAGCGUGCCCGUAACGAUAUUUUAAAGAAAAUACUCAUCCUCAACAUCAAAGAUGCGAUACUUCCCUGAUGUUAUCAGGGAAACCAAUUGGUAUCCGGGUUUAAGGCCUGAAAACAUUUUCAAUGGCAUGAUUUGCAACCACACCAGAGUGUGAUAUGUUACUCCGUUGUCUGACCCCCUCCCCUUGUUGCGCCUCGAUUACCCCCACAGUCGCAGCCGAGAGUCAUGGGGUCUGCUUAAGCCUCGCAUUUUUGUGUUGACCUUUUCAAUUUUUGUACCGUCAGAAACCACAGACAAUUAAACAUUGGCGCGAUUUCUCACACUAACCCCCUUCAAAAAAUUUGAGCUGCGUUCCCAGUUCCAAUUCGUUAAAGAUCCUCAUUUCGUAUGCUACAUCCCUGAUUGAUACCCUCGAAAACAUUUUGCAGUCGCGGUCUGUUAUGGCGGUCCGAAUCCCAUUUCUGGCAGAAAUAUUUGGAGCAACCGCGAGGUUGCUUAGAAAGCAAUUUGCGUUUCAGUUUCAAUGUGAUGGAGGCCGGAAACGUCAAGAAAGCUCGUUGUUACAUAUGUGCUUGUAACAAAAUCGAAAUAUCUGAAAAUGAGAGCAAUCAUUGUUGACAGUCUUUAAGAAGAGCCCCCAAAAUUUGAUCUGGUCGUAAUAGAGAAGCCUACACCACUGCAAAAUAACGCAGUCUGGGUUGUCCAUGAACAGCGUAAACCAAUUAGCUUCGCAGGCAGUUCAUUGUCGUCAGUUCAAUUACGUCACUUUUGGCGGUGUGACACCAAGCGGUAGGCAAUACUAGAUAGGCUGAAGGCAUUAACCCUGGUUUUAGUCUUCUGCUGCGAUCAGCUGCGACAAAGCAGCGCCAGUUAGGCAAGGAGUCCGUGGAGGUGUUGCUGUAUUUGUAUCAUGUGGCCGGUUUGGUUUCGAAGACAUUUUAUGCUCACUGCUCUGCUAGUCUUCUAUACAGUGAAGAUGAAGUUUGCUGAACAUCUCUCAGCACAUAUAACUCCAGAAUGGAGAACACAAUACAUCCAGUAUGAGGAGAUGAAGUCUAAGCUGUAUGCAGCACUUGAAAAGGCACCAUCAGCUGAAGUAGUGGAUCAAGAAGAUGUCCAACGCUACUUUGCUGGUUUUGAUGAACACUUCCUGCACUUUUGUGACAAGGAGUUGGAGAAGAUAAACACAUUUUUCUCUGAGAAGUUGGCCGAGGCACAGCGUAAAUAUGCCAGCCUGCAGAGCGAGCUGGCGGCCCGGCAGGACGCCGAGGCGCUGCCCGGCUCCAGCAAGGCGCGCGGCUUCGGCCUGCGCCGCCGCACCUCCGUUCGCAAGGCGCAGAACAUGAAGCUGGCCUUCUCAGAGUUCUACCUCAGCCUCAUCCUGCUGCAGAACUACCAGAGCCUCAACUUCAUGGGCUUCAAGAAGAUUCUCAAGAAGCAUGACAAGAUCCUCAGCUUAGAGACCGGCGCCAAGUGGCGGCUGGACAACGUGGAGCCGGCUGUGUUCUACACCAACAAGGACAUCGACAAGCUGAUCCGCGCCACCGAGAACCAGGUCACCGCCGACCUAGAGGGCGGCGACAGGCAGAAGGCGAUGAAGCGGCUGCGGGUGCCGCCGCUGGGCGAGCAGCAGUCGCCAUGGACCACCUUCAAGGUGGGCCUGUUCCUGGGCGCCUUCGUCGUCCUCGUGACAGCUGUCAUCCUGACGGCCGUGUUUCACGCUGAGGGCCACGACUGGUACACGGUGCUGCGGCUGUUCCGCGGCCCCUUCCACGUCACGCUCUUCAUUUUCCUGAUCGGCAUCAACGUGCACGGCUGGCGCUCGGCCGGCGUGAACCACGUGCUCAUCUUCGAGCUCAACCCGCGCAGCCACCUGUCGGCGCAGGCGCUGAUGGAGAUUGCUGCCAUCUUCGGCGUCAUCUGGGCCGUCAUGGUGCUCUGCUUCCUGUACAGUGAGAGUCUCGGCAUACCACCGUACAUCAACCCGCUCAUACUCACCACCUUCAUGCUCGUGUUUCUGCUCAACCCGACCAAGUCGCUGCGGCACGAGGCCCGCUUCUGGCUUAUCAAGAUUGUGUGCCGCGUGCUGUGCGCGCCCUUCUGCCACGUGGGGUUCGCCGACUUCUGGCUGGCCGACCAGAUUAACAGCCUGGCCACCGUGCUGCAGGACUUCGAUUUUAUCGUCUGUUUUUACGUCACACAGGCCGGCGAGUGGUCUGAGGUCAAAGACCCCGAGGACUAUUCGUGUUUCGCGCCGUCGUUCGCCUCCCAUAUCGUGGUGGCGUGUCUGCCGGCCUGGUUCCGGUUCGCCCAGUGCCUGCGCCGCUACCGCGACACGCGUGAGGCGUUCCCCCACCUGGUCAACGCCGGCAAGUACUCCACCUCCUUCUUCAAGGUGGCCUUCGGCACCCUCUACCGCACACGCAUGGGGGAUUACGACUCUCACUUCGAGAACCCGUAUUUUUACUUGUUCAUUUGUAGUUUGUUAUUUAACUCGAUAUACACCUACACGUGGGAUAUCAAGAUGGACUGGGGCCUGUUCGACAGCAACGCAGGAGACAACAGGUUCCUCAGGGAGGAACUCGUCUACUCGACGCCGGUGUACUACUUCGCCAUCGUGGAGGACUUUGUGCUGCGCUUCUUGUGGUCGGUGGGCCUGGUGAUAUCUGUGGUGCAGCCUGGCUUCCCGCCCGUGCUGGCCGUCAUCUCGCCGCCGCUCGAGAUAUUCAGGAGGUUCGUCUGGAACUUUUUCCGCUUGGAGAACGAGCACCUGAACAACUGCGGCAAAUUCCGCGCGGUGCGGGACAUCUCGGUGGCGCCGAUCGACGCCUCCGACCAGGCCGAGAUCAUCCGCAUGAUGGACGAGGAGAGCGGCGUGGUGAACCGACGGAACCGACGCAAGCCCGGCGCCGGCAAGCAAUGGGCCAUGGAGCGGAACCUGCUGUCGCUGGCACGCAGCUUCACCGUGGCGCCCAUGAUCGACCGGUCCACGAUGCGUGCGGCCGCCAGUGCGCCGCCGCCGCCGCCGCCCAUCACCCGCACCCCGCCGCUCGGCGUCGAGCUGCAGCAGCUGCACGCCAAGCUGGCCUGAGCUGCCGCAGCUUCUACGCUGGCCGGAAGAGGCGCCGCUGCUGGACGUCUAUCCAUCCUGAGUAGCUGGGUCGACGGCGCGCCCGGCCGGACUGAAGAGCUGCAGUAGCGGCGUCCGCGGGCGACCCGGCGGCAUCCCGCUGGGCCUGGUCGGUCUUCCUCCCGGCGGCCACCACCGCCUGCCCUGCCGGUACCCGAGCGGCCGAGACCGGCCAUCAGCGGCGAUCCGCGCGUGAAGGGCGUUUUGGAGCCGCCGCGUUACUGUGUAGGCCAGCCGCCCGCAGCAUUGUCAUCGCAGUUCCUGUGUUUGUUCUUUGUGCCUGCCCCACGCUGGUCCUGCCUCCCACUGUCGCUCCGCAGCCGACCGGCGAGCGCGGGAACGGCCGGCGGGAGACGGCGGCGAGCGCAGCAAACUGCGCGGGCGACCGUCUGGGGUCGGUCGUCGGAACGCCCGUCCGAGCCGGCAGGUAGAAUCAGCCUGCUUUGUGAGCCGGUGGCAAUGAGACUGUGCGGAGCUUGGCUGGUGUUGGUGCAGACCGCUACCCGAUAUUAUUUACAAGUGACGUCUGCUCCUCGUGGCGGCUCGUCGAGCUCUGCCAGUGGCGGGGCUGUGGUCGCGAGACGCGCUGGGGUCACGGUCGGCGGCGGGUGCACCUGGCGGGCAGCGUCGUGCAACACUCCGUGCCCUCGCGUGCGAAUAGGGGCGCUCGAUGCCGGAUGGGGUCGAUCCGUGUUUUGCGUCCAAGGCCGACCCCGCGCCCAGCGUGGCGGGCCUGAUGGGAAGGUGGUAUCAGUGGCGGGGCGUCGCCGUGUCCUGCUCGUAUUCUGCUCCGAGUUGUAGGCGUCUUCGAAGAUGCCGCCGUUGUGUUGUGAUCUGGUGAUUCCUGCCACGUACGCCUUUUGAUCAGGUAUCAGCGUCGAUGCACAGCAGCUAUUAUUCUCUACUAUCCAUUGAUAUUACUUGUGAUGCCAUUCGUGCCCAGCGUUUAUCAUGUGCGUAAUUUUAACUGCCCCGGUGGCUCGCGUAGUGAAGCUUGGACAGCCGUGCGGGGGCCGGCCCACGCCGUCCGCAAUGACUCCGCCGUCCGUACAAAAUACUCGCCGCUCUGGGAGGAGUGACAUGAGACCCAGCGAAGUGUCAAUGGCUGUGUGGACGGCGGGAAUACACUGCUGUCAGCUGCC